CCGACUAAAUGAAGCGAAAUGAAAACUCAGUUUGUCUCCGCUUUGAGUUUGACUGCUGACUUUAGACUUCGGACAAUUAGGAGGACAUUGUUAUUUUAGUUUACGAGUUGAGUUGUAAUGCAAUUGAAAUUAAACUGUGUUUAGUUCCGUUUUAUCUCUGUGAGUACUGAUUGUUGAUUCUCGAAGUCAUAGUGAAUUGGCGAGAGCAUAUUUCGAUUUUGUACAGCCUACUACUCUUUAUGCUGAAGAUGGCCUAAUAUUUUUUUUUCUUAGAAGAAAGAACAACAACAUUGGACUCAUCAUGGAAGGCUACACAAAUGUUAUCGGUAGUUCGUAUGAUUUUGAUGAUCUAGAUAUUGAGGGAAGAGUUGUUGAUGAAUGGUCUGCAGAAGAUGAAAGAAAAAACGCAUUGAAUUUUAGAGGGCAAAAGCGGUUGGAUGAAAGAAGUAUAUUAAGUGAACGAGUGAGGCUAGACAAUGGACAACAAGCCCAGGUUUUCUCUACUGUCAAGAAACAGGACUCGGUGUGGUACACCUGUCAUGUGUGCUCGGACACAGUGGUUGGACUACCACAGCUCCGGCAGCAUGUGGAGUCCAAGAAACAUCAAACCAAUAUGAUGAAUCCUGUUCACCCUCGAGCAAAGUUUAUAAAAUUGGAUCCCAAAGAAAAUGUGGCACUGGAGCCUGGAGAGCCUGUACCACCAGGGCUAGAGGAGGUCAUCAUUAAGAACUGUAUAAUUCAGCCAAAACUUGAUGCUAGUAAAUCUGCACCUCUGAUAGGACUUGAGUUCAUGAUUGAAUUGACUGAGUCCAGUCUUGGCGAAGGCACAUACUACUAUUGCUUGUUGUGUGACAAAAAUGGCACAGAGCGCAAUAUCUUCAUUCAUUUUACAAGCGUAUUCCACUACAUGAAAUACUUGAGUGUCUAUUUUCCUACUGUAGCCCGAAAAUUGCAAUCUCUUCCAAAUAGGAAGGUAAAAAAGAGUUUUGGUCUGCUGGUAACAGAAAUUGUGGCAGAUAUUGAGGCCAAGUAUGGACGUUUAAAGCCAAGAAGUGAAACUCAUGCAGAUUUCCAUGCUCCUGGGAGGAAAGAUGAAAUAUUGAUGACUAUUCGUGAUGGACCUCAUUUUAAAGAAACAGAUGGUGAACUGUUUGAUGAGAAAGCAACUGCAGAAAAUGUGGACAAGAAGAAUAAAGAGUUGUGUGCACCUCCACCUCCUUCGAAAAUCGAGGAAACUGGAAAACUUGACGAAAAAAAAGAGCUUACUGGAAGCAAGUUUAACAAAAUCAACCGUAUAAACAUGGACAAGAAACAACUUCGAUCAAGAGAUGAAACUAAUCGGAACAGCAGUCCGGAUGUUCAAGUAAUAGAUAUUCAGCUACCCAAAUCUCCAGAAAAGAAGAGACGCUCGAGGAGUUUAUCAUCGAUUUCAACAGUGUCCAGCUCAUCAUCACUGUCCAGGAACAGAAACCGAUACCACAGACAUCAUUCAAAACUAUCGAAUAACUCAAGGUCACAUCGAAACUGGUCCCGUUCAAGAUCCCGGUCACCGGGAUACUAUCGCUACCGUCGCCGUGUGUCCCCCUCGUACCCGAAGAGAUACUCACCGGGACGGCGCAGUCGAGACAGAUCCCCUGUUAGGAGAUAUGACCGAAGAGGAUACAGUCCUGAUAAACACAGAGUAAAAGAAACAGAUAGAUUUGGAAGAUCUCGUGAUGCCAAAUACCGCAGGGAGAAAACAGAAGACAGAUCACCAGGAAGUACUGAAGAAAAAAUUAGAUGGGCAAAGUUUAGGGAAGACUUGACAAAAAUUGAAACUGUAAAACUAGAGAAACUAAAAUAUCAUGAAAAGAAUCCUGAGAAACACCCUCAAUAUCCAGAGGAAUGGAAAGCAUUUUGGAAUCGAAGGUAUAAUGAACUUCAAAGAUCUGGAAUAGAUCCUUCAAAACAUGAUUUUAAGCCUGAAUGGAUAUCUUUCUGGACAAAAAGAAUGAAAGAGCUGUAUGAAGAAGAUUUGGGGAAAGCCAAAGAUGAACUGAAAAAGAAGUUUGAUCUACCAGAAGAUCCUGUAGAUCAUAUGGAGAGAAAUAUGCCCUGGAGGCAUUCAAGAAAACGAAAUACUAGCCCUGGUUUGGUAGAUAUAUCACCUCCAACACCCGAUAAAAAAGAUGUGAUAGCUGACAUUAAGACUACUUGGAAGGCAUUUACAGGAUCUGAUAUUAAAGAUACACCUAAACGGCCAUUAUCUCCUUGGGAAGAUGAAGGUAAAUCACGAGACUACUUUCCGCCAUCAAAAAGAGAUUCAAGGUCAAGACAAUCAAGAUCCCAAUCUCCAACACAAAUUUUAAAUGAUAAACUUUUGGAAGAUAUGCCUCAACGGAAAACUAGAACUUCCUCUCUCAUAUUUGUUCUUAGAAAAUUGACUGUUUUAGAGCCACAGCUAGGUUCCCUUGCUCCUAAAGUAUUUGAAAUUUUGACACAGUCAUUAGCAUUGGAAAAAAUAAAAGAGGAUGCAUCAUUAGAUUUACUGUUUGAUAUAGAGAAUUGUGUAUUUCUUGAAACCGUCAGAGAAAAACUAAUUGCACUAUUAUGUGCUGGAGUUGUUCCAAGAAAUGUUGUUAAUACAGCUCGCUCAGCAAUCAAACAUAUUGACAUUUCAUUAUAUUUGGCUUCUAAAAGAGAAAGAACCUUACCGAUUGAAACAUUGAGGAGUGGUGUAGCAGGGAAUAAUCAAAGUUUACUUGCUGCCCAAUAUAUUCCCCAACCAAAACUAGAGCCAGUUGUUGUUCCAGGAGUAGGUCAAGUAGAUAAAAUUGCAAUUGCUCAACAAAUUGCUGCUGCAUUAGUUGAACAAGGUAAGACUAAUGUGACUGAAUCAGAACUUGAACAGCUAAUAAAUGCUGUGGUUGGGAUGGCUGAAGCUUCUGUAAAUUCUACUCAGCCUAUGACAACAGCACAUUUUCUCCAUCAGUUGCAGUCAACGCAUAACACAUCUACUGCCCAAGUAGUUCCUACAUCUUCAUCCAUGUUCCAUCCAAAGACAGAUGUUUCAAGUCAGCCUCAGUCUAUUGUUUCGAAUUCUCAACCUGAAGCAGCAUAUGGAGCUCUCAAAUUGUUACAAUCAGCAUACAAUGAUACAAUGAAAUCAGAACAAGAGUCUCCUAAGCCAGAAAAUAGUGAUAAUGUUGUACCUACUCCAUCAAAGAUAUCUGAUCAAGAAUUGGCUGCUACCCUUUCAGCAUACAACAACAUGAAUAAAGAUGACCAGCCCAACUUCAUCCAGAAUCUUCAAAGUUCUAAUCCAGAAAUGUACAACAGGCUUCGUCCCUUUAUCCCUGCAAAUGUAACAACUGUUUCUGAUCACUCAAAAAGAUCACCUAUAACUAUUUCACUAUCAAAAGAAAAAAGUGAACAGAAAAUAAAACCACUUGCAUCAGGUAGGCUUUCUCCAUUUUCUUCAAGAUCUGGAGGUGCAAACCCUACUGUUGGAGAAGAGGUUAUAUUGGAGGAUGAUGAUGAUGAAAAAACAGACGUAAAAUUUGUUUCUGAAUCUAAAACAAAACCUCAAUCUUCUAAUCUUUUUCCAGAUAUUUCCAAAUAUAAGAGUGAUAGAGAUGAAGAAGAAGACGAUGAUGAUGAUGAUGAUUAUUCUUUUGAAGAUGUUUGUAAAGCAGCUCAAGAAAAGUUAAGGCAAAAGCAAGUUGAGGAAGAUAAACAGAUCCCUCAGUCUGUGGAUAAAAAAGAAAUUAACACUAACAAAACAUUUGGUAGUAGUAGUAGUGUUACAAAGUCGGUUUUGUCAAACAUUGAUAAAUCUAGUGAGUUACUAUCAAAAAAUCAUUCAUCAUCAAACUCAAGUAACCAAAUAAAUAAUAUUAGAAAUGAACAAUCAACCCAACAAUUGAUUCAACAACCAAUCAAUCCAGAAAAGAUCAGUGAAAUUCAAUCAUUUAAUUCUCAACCUACUCCCUUUCACAAUGCUGGUACAUCCUCAACAACCAACUUCCAAGAACAAAUGAGAAACCAACAACAAUCAGUAAAAUCGAACAUUGAUCCAGCACAUCAGUCAUAUGAUGACGGUUCAUAUCAAAACUAUCAAAAUAGGAAUUCUAAUGAACAAGUAUAUCCUAAGCCAAUCAAUGAAUCUUAUGAUAACAGUAGUAACUAUUAUGCUGAACUACCAUAUUCUUCAUUUAACAAGGAAACUUACCCACAAAGGACUCCAUAUGAAACUCCUUCUAGAGAUGUACAGAGAGAUCCAUAUGAAGCACCAUAUAGGGAUCAAUAUAACUAUAACGCACCUUCAACAAACCUUGCUUAUGGAAAUCAUAUGAAUACUUAUGACGAUCAGUACAGAUAUAAUGAUGGCUCAUAUGGAGGUGAUAACUUCAAUACAGCUCAUCCAUAUGAACGUUAUCCACAAACAAAUUAUCCUAACCCUCCUGCUCCAUCUCAGAGAUACCCUUAUCAAAACUACCCCCCUUAUUAAAGUAAAUUUUACUUUCUAUUUUUUAUAUAUAUAUAUUUAGUAGAUGUUAUAGUUAUGUUUAUAUUCAUUUAGCAUGAAUUAUCCUGUUUAGUUUGUAAUGUGCAGUAGCAUUAAUGUAAUUAUAGGAUUGAUAAUAAAAUGUAAAAACAUAAA